AUGUUAUCAAAUUGCACAAAACUAAAGCCAUUGCAAGAUGAUGGAUUACCAAGACUAAUUUGUAAAGAAUGUAGCAGGCAGCUUAAGAGAGUAUACGCAUUUAAUGUACAAUGCGAGGAAAGUGAUAGAAAACUGAGAUUGUUUAUUGAUUAUAAACCUAUUUUACAAAGCUGCAGUGAUAAACAACCUGAAAUCAAGGAUGAAGAUGCUAAUGUGGAGAAUAACCACAAUGGUCUUAUAAAGGAAGAAUCAUCAAAUAUAGUAUAUAGUAAUUCUGAAAUUAGAGAAACUACAAAUCUUAAAAAUGAUGUCCUUAAAAAUGAGCUGCUAUGUAAAAAUGAAGUAGUCGAUGAUAAUUGUUGGGAUGCAGAUGAUGACAAUUUAUUACAAGAGGACAUAAAGUUCAAGGCUUUAACAGAAAAUGCUAGUAGUGAAGAUAGACCUAAAAAGAAAAGGGGAAGGAAAAGAAAAUAUGAUGAAAACGCAAUGGAAAAUGGCAAGCAGGUACCAGAAAGUAAACUCCCUCAUCAGUGUGAUAUUUGUGGUAAAUUCCUAAGCACAAAAAGUAACCUAAAAGCACAUAAAAUAUGCCAUAGUGACAUACGGCCUUAUAAAUGUGACAAAUGCCCGUCAGCUUUUAGGGGCCAUAGCACACUGAAUCAGCACAAGAAGCUUCAUACAGGAGAAACUCCAUACCAUUGUGAAUACUGUCCUAAGCAAUUUAGUCGACGCACUGGUCUCGUCAACCACAUAAGGAUGCAUACUGGCGAAAAACUGUUCAGCUGUGAUAUAUGCUUCAAGAGCUUUGUUCAAAGUGCUCAACUGUCCAUACAUAUGAAGAGACAUAAGGGUGAGAAGCCAUAUCUGUGCCAAGUCUGUGGAAAAGGUUUUCCAAUUAAAGCUGAUCUGAAGGUGCAUCAGCGUAUUCACAAUGGUGAAAAGCCGUAUUCGUGCCAUCUUUGUACCAAAACUUUUGCUACUUCUGGAAAUCUCUCCAUACAUGUAAGAAUUCAUAACAAAGAAAUCAGAUAUAAAUGCAAGGAAUGCCAAAGGGGAUUCGUGACGUGCAGCGCGUACAACGUACAUUUGAAAAGGCACAAAGGGCAAAGGGACUAUCGCUGCGAAUGCGGCAAAACGUUCUACACCUCCUCGGCGCUCAAGCAACACAGGGUCGUUCACACCGGCGAGAAGAACUACAAAUGCAAGAUAUGCGACAGGACAUUUUCGCAGUCGAGCCACUUGGGGCGCCAUUUUAAACGGGACCACACGAAGCCAAAUUUACCUGUUCAAUCGUCGAAGAAGUUUCAUGAAAAACACACUUUCGACUCGUUGGACAUUCAAAAAAUACCGCGAAGUGAAGCUGUCAAAUGUGAAGGAUCG